UACCAGCCCUCCCUCCCUGAACUCCCUUGGCGUCUGUCUCUCUCUCUCUCUCACUAGAACCUCUCGAAUUCCCUCCGACAUUGCCCGGUCUUAGCGGUCCAGACAGGCGGGAAAGAAACGAGAGAGGGUCCUUCACUAGGGAGAGCUUCCGGUCCUUGCACGGCGGGUGUUUGUCGAGAUGACGAUGAGCAGCAACAGCGCGGGCCAGUUCGGGGACACGACCCUGACCAAGGUGUUCGUGGGCGGGCUGGCGUGGGAGACUCCCAAGGAAGCCAUGCGGGAGCACUUCGAGAGGUACGGCGAGAUCUUGGAGGCCGUCAUCAUUCUCGACAAGGUCACCGGCAGAUCCAAGGGCUACGGCUUCGUGACGUUCAAGGAUCCUGUAGCUGCUAAGAAGGCUUGCGAGGAGGCGACGCCGUUCAUCAACGGCCGCCGCGCCAACUGCAACCUGGCUUCCCUCGGCGCUCGCCGCCCCAAGUCCGCCGCUGCUGCCGCCACUCCUCCUCCUCCUCCUCCUCCUCUCCCACAACAAGGAUCAAACAUUGUUGGACCAAGGACAAUGGCAUCCACGCCGCCGAAUCCUCAGAUGCAGUGGUAUUAUCCCCCGGGGACACCGGCUUUGCCGUACCAUCACCAGCACCAUCAGGCCGUUCCUUUCUAUGGGUACUCCCCAACCUACAUCGCCACCGACAUGAACUAUAACCACAAAGUAAGCUACACCGGGGGGGCCUACGUGAACGCGCACUACUCGCAAGUGUAUCCUAGCCAGGCGAUGAUGCCUAUGUACCCGCUCUAUCCCCACUACCCGCAUCACCACCAGUCCCACACAAUGGGCCUCCCGGCCCACAUCUUCCAGCCCGCGUCGGCCGGGCCCAUGGCCGUAGUCCCGGCCCGCAUGUCCAAGCCUGCCUCCAUCGCUGCUCCCAACACAGUGUGCUUGGCUGUGGAAUAGGUACAGUUGGUGCUGGUGGUGACGGCCUUAAAAAGGGUGGAUAGGUGGCAAAAAAUAAAUAUUUAACCCAGCAGAAAACAGGGAAGAGGACGGAGGAUGACUGCUCAGAACAACAUUAUUAUCUGAUCUGGGGUGGCUACUCCUUUUCCAAUUCUUGUUUUUUUCCUCUUUUUGUUGAUUCUUCAAUUUUUUUUUAGGGGGUCUGAUAAGAUUCUUUUAUUCUCUCUCUCUCUCUCUCUCUCUCUCUCUAGCUAACAUGCGUAUGUGCUGUGAACCAAUUAAAAAAAAAAAAAAACAUAGCAGAAAAGAUUAUGUAAGAGGAAGCAUGUGUAUUGGGUUCACCCAUAUCUUAUGGGUCUUGCUCUGAUGGCUUCAUUGAACUUUCUCUGCAUAAAGCUCAAAUCUUUAAAUAA